AUGCCUUACCCCUACCAUGACGAGCAGCACGCCUUCAGUCACCACCCAGCACAUCAAGUGCCGCCUCCAUAUGGACACCUGACGCACCAGGCGCCUGUCGCCUAUGAGCGCAACCCUGCUCUUCGUCCUACAACGAGUCGCAUCGACUUCGACCAAGUCCCGCUCGCUCUCAUCUUCGACGGCGCGCACUACACCCACGCGCGCAGCGACAGCGCUCGUGGAAGCUUCAGCCAAGCAUCCCAUCCUCCGAUGCUGGAGACUUCAGAGGAUGGCGGGGUUCCACCAGCUCAACUCCAGACACCUAUGUCGCCUCACACGCACGAGGAGUGGAUGGCGCUUCCGGGGCUGCAAUCGAAGAACUCUGCGCAGUCCAGGCGCAUGAGAGGGCCCACUCCUUCCAGGACGGCUAUUGAGCUGCAAAGGGCCGGUGGGGUGCGCAAGAAGAAUGCGAGAAUCGACAUUCCCAAUGAGCGCAACAUCGAUGCUAUUGAGAGGUUACUGGAAACCGAGAAUGAUGAAGACACCAUCAAGGAACUCAAGCAACAGAAGCGACUACUUCGCAAUCGCGAAGCAGCGCUCGCCUCGCGCCAGCGAAAGAAGAAACACACCGAAGAGCUCGAAGUGCAGCAAAAGAACCAUAACCAGACGAUCGAGUCUCUGCAGACACACGCUUACAAUGUGGAGGCUCGGUACGAGCAGAUGCGGCGCAGCAACCACCACCUCACCCAACAACUAAGCGAAGCACAAAGAAUGAUCGAUGCGCUGGAAGAGGAGAAGAGAGAGAUGGCAAUGAGGCACACAGAGGAGACAUCGAAUCUGCGCAAGCGACUGAACGCCUUCACCGAGCAUGCGCGCGCCGAGUACGCCGCGCCUGCAAUGUCGGCUGUGGCUAGCAGUACGGGCUUCACCGACUUCAACACGGAAAUGGGAGCCUUGAAUAUGGAAGCGUCUCACUGGGACAACCUGCUUCUUGGCGCAGACCUGCACAACGAGUCGCUGGAUACGAUCGACUUCGACGCGGGGAUGGGAGGGGUCGCACAACCGUUGCCGCUCACGACGACAGCACCCUCCCAACCCGGAGCAGCCACUUCCUCGUCCGAAACAAACGUCACCUCAGGCCUGCUGUUCUUCCUCCUCCUCUGCGGCGCCUUCGUCGCCUCCCGGCCCCCAAACUCGCACAUCCCAGACCUCCCUCGCGUGCCCGCGGACAUUCGCGCCGCCGCACCCCAAGUGCUCAAUAACUUGCUUUCCGAGAGCCAUCCGUCGCUAACACAGCAACCCCACGCGUUGGAAGGCCUCGAGCCCCGUCCCUCCAAUGCACUACUCAACAACCCGCGCCCUAGCCGCCUAGACGACCUCCACCAACACCUCACAAACCCCACGCGACACCAACAACUCGACGCCACCUUCGCCCUCACACCCUCGCAGUACGCCUCGAUAACAAACAUCAACGACGGCCCCUCCCUCUUCCCCCACAACGCCGACAUCGUCGAGUCCCCAACAACCGCCCCUGCCACGCAGCACAGACGUCGCCCCCUAGCCGAAACGCUCGCGGGGAGUGCUCUGCCAAACGAGCAAGCGCAGCUUCCUGCUAGCGGUACGAGCAAAGCGGAAGUCUACACUCGCAGUCUGCUGUGGGACCGCAUCCCGGCGGAUGUGGUGAAGCAGUUCCGCGAACUGGUGAGGGCUACACAUGCGCUUGAGGCGAGGGAGGAGGUGUUGUUGCGGGGACAUGAAGGACGGCGGAGUGAUGAUGGACUUCAUGAUGAUGAAUGA